CUUAGCCCAGAGUCGUAACGCGCGCACUCCAGCCUCACCAUGCUCCUGCUGCUGGGGCUGUGCCUGGGGCUGCCUCUCUUCUCGGAGUCCCAGGAAAAGGCACGGAGAUGGGAUGACGCCUCAGAGCAAGUCGCACUCAGGGUGCCCAGACAACUCAGGCUGUUGCAAAGGCUGAAAGCCAAGCCCUUGAUGACGGAGUUCUCAGUGAAGUCUACCAUCAUUUCUCGAUAUGCCUUCACCACAGUUUCCUGCAGAGUGCUCAACAGAGCUUCUGAAGACCAGGAUGUUGAGUUCCAGAUGCAGAUUCCAGCAGCAGCUUUCAUCACCAACUUCACCAUGCUUAUUGGAGACAAAGUGUAUCAGAGUGAAAUUACAGAGAAAGAAAAGAAAAGCCAUGAUAGGAUAAAAGAAAAAAGAAACAAAACCACGGAUGAUAAUGAGGAGAAGGAGACCGACAUGUUCAGAGCUUCUUUAGUGAUUCCGAGUAAGGACAAGGCUGCUCUCCUCCUCAGUUAUGAGGAGCUUCUGCAGAGGAGGCUGGGAAAAUAUGAGCACUCCAUCAGUGUGCGCCCUCAGCAGCUCGUGGGGAGGCUGACUGUGGAGGUGAAUGUUCUGGAGAGGUCGGGCAUCUCGGCCUUGGAGGUGCUCCCUCUUCACAACAGCAGGAAGAAGGGCAGUGGAAUUGCAGAAGGUGAUGUGGGUCCUCCCCCUUCUACUGUCAUUAACCAAAAUGAAACUUUUGCCAAAGUUGUUUUUAAGCCUACUGUAGUACAACAAGCUAAGAUUGCCCAGAAUGGAAUUUUCGGAGAUUUCAUCAUUCGAUACGAUGUCAAGAGAGAGCAGACCAUUGGUGACAUCCAGGUUCUGAAUGGUUACUUUGUUCACUACUUUGCCCCUAAAGACCUCCCUCCUUUACCCAAGAAUGUGGUUUUUGUGCUUGACAUCAGUGCCUCCAUGGUGGGAACAAAACUCCAGCAGACCAGGGAAGCCCUCGUCACAAUUCUCAAUGACCUCCGACCCCAGGAUCAUUUCAAUAUCAUUGGGUUUUCCAACCGGAUUAAAGUGUGGAAGGACCACUUGUUACCAGUGACUCCUGAUAACAUCAGGAAUGGCAAGCUCUACAUUUACCACCUGUCACCCACUGGAGGUACCGACAUCAAUGGGGCUCUGCAGAUGGCCAUCAAAUUGCUCAACAAUUAUGUGGCCCAGAAUGACAUUGAAGAUCGGAGUGUGUCCCUCAUUAUCUUCCUCACCGAUGGGAAACCCACCUUCGGGGAGACCAGUACCCUCAAGAUUCUCAGCAAUACCAAAGAAGCCGCUGGAGGUCAGAUCUGCAUCUUUACCAUUGGCAUCGGCAAUGAUGUGGAUUCCAAGCUGUUAGAGAAACUUUCGCUGGAGAACUGUGGUCUUACACGGCACGUUCAUGAGGAGGAGAAGGCAGGAGCACAGCUCAUCGGGUUCUAUGAUGAAAUCCGGACCCCGCUUCUUUCUGACAUCCGUGUAGAUUAUCCUCCUGACGUUGUAGAGCAUGCCACCAAAACCCUGUUCCCCAACUACUUCAAUGGUUCUGAGAUCGUCAUUGCCGGGAAGAUGGUAGACAGGAAGUUUGAUCAGUUCCAUGUGGAGGUCACUGCCAGCAACAGUAAGAAAUUUGUCAUCCUGAAGAAAGACAUCCCUGUGGAGUCCCAGAAGCUGGGGAAUGAUGUCACAGCCACCUCCUCCCGUGAUAGUGUGGAGGACCCCAACCACAUCGAGCGUCUUUGGAGCUACCUCACUGUGAAGGAGCUUCUGAGCUCCUGGCUGCAGAGCAGCAGUGAACAAGAGAAGGAGCAGUUGAGGCAGAAGGCCCAGGCGUUAGCCUUGAACUACCACUUCCUCACCCCCUUCACCUCCAUGAAGCUGAAGAAGCCAGGGCUCCGCACGGAGGGGCUGGAGGACACCCGCGGCAUGUCUGCAGCCACAGGACCUGAGACAGUGAUGCAGAGCAUGCGAGGAGCUGACAAGCAGCCAGGACCUGAUCUCAAGAAACCAUACAGCCCAAGAAUUAAAAUCUCUAAAACAUCAGUGGAUGGUGAUCCCCAUUUUGUUGUGGAUUUCCCCUUAAGCAAACUCACUGUCUGCUUUAACAUUGAUGGAGAACCUGGGGACAUCCUUCGGUUGGUCUCUGAUCACCUGGACUCUGGUGUGACUGUGAAUGGAGAGCUUAUUGGAGCCCCAGCACCUCCAAAUGGCCACAAGAAACAGCGCACAUACUUCCGGACCAUCACCAUCCUCAUCAACCAGCCAGAGAGAUCUUACCUUGAGAUCACACCAAACAGGGUCAUCCUGGAUGGUGGAGACAGGCUGGUCCUCCCUUGCAACCAGAGUGUGGUGGUAGGGAGUCGGGGACUUGAGGUGUCGGUGUCUGCCAAUGCCAAUGUCACUGUCACCAUCCAGGGAACCAUUACCUUUGUUAUCCUCAUUCACCUCUACAAAAAGCCAGCACCCUUCCAGCGAAACCACCUUGGAUUCUAUAUUGCUAACAGCAAAGGCCUUUCCAACAAUUGCCAUGGCCUGUUAGGUCAGUUCCUGAACCAGGAUGUCAAACUCAUAGAAGCUCCUGCAGUGUAUGGCAAGAAUCUUAGUAAUCAGCCAUCUCCUCAGACAGAAGGGACUCCUGAGGCUAUUCUAAAGGUGAAAGGACGCCGAGUUCCAGUGGUCUGGAAACAAAGGAAGAUUUAUAAUGGGCAAGAGCAGGUAGACUGCUGGUUUGACAAAAACAAUGCUGUCAAGCUGAUUGACGGGGUGUAUAAGAACUACCUGGCAUCUCAUCCAUUUGACACGGAAAACAUACUGGGCCUGAGGAUGUCCAGGAGCACUGAGACUGACAGUCUUCCUAAGGAGAGUGUCUAACUUAGGGAAUCAACUUUGGGUCUACUCUGGAUGCAGCUCUUCUUGUUACCUGUGCUGCCUUGGC